GUGAAGUUGGCAGUCAGCUGGGUCAACAUACUUGGUAACCGUCAUAUCGAUCAGUCCAAGUGGUGACACUUCAAGAACACACACUGUCACAAUCACACCAGAAAACACGCUCCCCCCGUAGGCUACCUAGUGGUUAAUUGAGGUGAAGCGCUGACUUCUCUUAGUUAGUCAAGAUUCUCUUUUACUUCUGCGGAUCGAGUCCAACCACGAUUCUUUCGUUCAAAAGCACGAACAGGGUCGACUCACACCUAUUGCCGUUGGCAAAAUAUUUGAUUUGACGGUCGGAUCUUCGAGGAGCAGCUCCUCGACAACUUGCGGCUCUUUACCGUCACCCCCAGCUUAGAGAUAGACUAUUUGUCUAUUUUCGGGGAACUACAAAGCAAAAAAAGUAGAGGAGAUUAUUUGAGUAUGAGCCUAAACUUCGGCCACUAUUUUGGAUGCCAUAGAUAAGCUAAAUAAAGUGUUGAGCCGAGGGGCGUCCUAACCUCGUCAAACCAUAAUACACUUUGUAAACGACAACGAUGUGUAAUUAAACCCUGGUAGGAUACAAAACCAUCCAAUGACAACAGUUAUGCUUUCAAAAUAGUGAUGUAUCGCUGUAAUCUGUAUCACAACUCUGCUUCGCUGCUGGGUCGUCCCCGACCUGAAGGUGUGUGCCCGCUUUCGACUAUAUAGAGCUAGUGGAGCUAGAGGCACAGUCACACCAAACGCAUCCACCAUGAGCCACCCGAAAACCAAGACGGCAAUCCCCUAUGACGUGGAUGAUUCUGCGUCCAGACGGAACAUGGAGGAAGCCCAGGAGAGUAAGGGACGGUUACACUCCCCAGGAAGAAGUCCCUGUCUAUGAGAACAAGUUUGUGAAGUUCUUCAAGAGUAAGCCCGACCUCCCGCCCGGCAUGAGCCCGGCGGACGCGGCGCCAUCCAACAGGCAGCAGGCGGUCCCCGGGUGUGCGGCCAGCGAGCCCACCGGCCUCUCCAAGACGGCCAAGCGCAACAUGAAGCGCAAGGAGAAGCGCAAGCAGCAGCAGCCGGCGGACGAGGACGACGCGGAGCUUGAGUCGGCCAGGAGCGCCGUGGAGGGCGCCUCCCUCUCGGAGCUCCCCGCCAAGGGAGCGGUCGGCACCGGCCCGGCCGCGGACGAACCCUCGGCCGCCAGCGAGAAGGUCAAAAAGAUCAAAAACCUGAGGAAGAAGCUGCGGCAGAUCGAAGAGCUGCAGCAGAAAAUGGACUCUGGGGAAAUCAGUGAGCCGUCGAAGGAUCAGCUGGAGAAGGUGGGGAGGGCCCGGGCCCUGCAGGAGGAGCUGGAGCAGCUGGAGGAGGAGGAGGACUCUUGAAGCGGGGCCAGCGGUGCAGGGCAGAGGGACGGACAAUUGAAAGUACAAACUGUGUAAACUUUGACCUCCAUUGAAAAUAGUUUUUUUUUUUUUUUUUGCUAG